GCCACAAGACGCGCGUCCCCGCCACACAGACAUGUCGCUCAUGACAGCCUCCUUCGCCGCUCUCGUCACCGCUCUCGCCCUCGUCCUGGCGCUCAGUACAGCUUAUCCCACCAAGGACGAUGAAGCGUACUAUUACAACAGGCUACAUGAUCUCCCUGACACCUACAACAAGGAUGUACGAAACCUGGAUGGAAUCGAUUCGAGGGAGGAAGUGCAGCCUUUGCUCGCUCUCUUGGCUAAAGUGGACCAGGACGCGAGCUCUGAGAGAGGUUCUAAAUCAAAAUAUAAGUUUGGCUCUGGUUCGCACUUAGAUGGAAUAGGUGGAGGGCACUUGGUACGGGAUCUGGAGAUGGAGCAAGGAGGUGGCAACCUGUUGAGGGACCUCGAUGUGCUGAGGAAUCGUGCUGCUUUCUUCAGCCGCGGCAGUCGGGAUCCCAGGAAUUACCGGUUCGACACUCUUAUGGGUAGCACUCUUGGUGGAGUCAAGAGGACCGCAGGAGGUUGCUGUGACAGUCUCAGUGGAAUCGGCUUGGGUGGACAGAAGAGGAAUAUGGACGAGAUAGACCGAACCGGCUUCAACAGCUUCAUUAAGAAGAACUUCGACGAGAUCGAUCGAUCAGGGUUUGGCAGCUUCGUGAAGCGGAAUUUCGAUGAGAUCGACCGGUCCGGGUUCGGGGGCUUCGUGAAGAGGAGUGCCUCGCCGGCCGCCGCAGAACAAGUCCAUAACUAACCACCCCAUUAGUUAAGUUAGGCUAAGUGGCAUUUUGUUUAGUUAAUCCACGCAACUUAGGAUAUGGAGAGAUGCAAACACAGUUUUACCAUCUUACAGGUAAUUGCGGGUAUUUCAACAGAAUUUGGUCUCCUUAAUUAAAUAAAUGUGUUUACUGUAAAAAACUUUCAGAUGUAUUGUGAAUGUUCAUUGUAAAUUAAAUAUCCAUAAGAUCUAUGUAGAUGUAAUUAAAUAUUGAAAAGCACAUCUGGUAUCAUUAAAGUAGAAUUUAAAUGGUUUUCAUUUAAGCAGCAGUUUUCGGUUCCACUGGUCAUGUUAAAAUAGCGUUUCACAAAAUAUGUUAUAAUUGUGUCAGAAUUGUGGAAAAAUAUUAAUUUCCAAUGUUUCUUAAAUUUGUAACCUAGCCAUGAGGUUAAAGUAGAAUUUUUCAUUAGUAUUACUGCUGUAAAAACGUUUUAUUUAUCUUACAACAAGAAUAAUGAUCUAUUUGAAACGUAAUUCUAUCUCUGUGUAAUCCCCUAUACUGUCCUGCUGAUAAGAUCUGUGUGAUUAUGUGAUUAGUUUUCGUUCCAAGUGUUUGUCAUUUAUAUGAAGUAUUUUAUUUAAGAAUAAAUGUUAAUAUUUUU